AAUUGUAUCGAUAACAAACUGUUAAGCAUCUGCAUACGACUGGACAGUCGUUAAAUCAGUGUGUCCUUUGACCAGAAAACUUUUUUAAUCAACACUGGCAUUAUAGAACUGAGGCUGCGACAACUCAACUAGCCAUGUUGAAAAAUCCCUGUUUGAGAGAACAAAAUACUGAUAAAAGUGAAACUCACCAUUCUGAAGAUGGACAUUCAAGUGAGAGACUACCUAUGCAUAGUAAUGGUGAGUCAAUCAAUGCCAAGGAUGAAACUACAGAUGCACAAAGUGACUGGGGAAGAAGACUUCCAGAGAAUGUACUAAUGCAUAUAUUUUCCUUAGUGUGCAGUGAAACUGGAUGCAUACCGUUCCUUGUCAGGGCAUCAAAAGUGUGUCAUCUCUGGAACCGUGUAGCUUCCAUUAAUUCCUUGUGGCACAAUGUAGAUCUAUCAGGAAACCGUCUUAAAAAAGCAUACAAAAAUGAUACUCGUAUCAGACGAUUAUUUUUGAAUAAAUUGACACAUGUACGUCAUCUUGACAUUGGUGAUUGGAAACUUGUAAAUGUAACUGAUGUGCUGGCGGCUAUAUGUGAAAGUUGUCAAAGACUGGAAAGUCUGUCAUUGUCGGGCUGGACAAGACUGAGUCCUGCAAAUCUAGCAUAUGUUGCAACUAAUUUACCUAAUUUGUCAAGAGUUGAUCUUUCAAGGACGGUUAGUGAUGGUAAAGUUGUCCCAGCACAGUCAUAUACAUCUGUUCUUCAAAUUAUGACUCAUAGACUGACACAUUUGGUGUUAUCAAACAACACAAUGUGUGGCCUUUCACAGAUCAUUAUUGCUUUGUCUACAUCAUGCCCUAAUCUAGAACUGCUGGAUAUUUCCUUUCUUCAGAUGCAUUCUACUGCACUGAUAAACCUGGAAAAAUUUCAGAGCGGAUGCCAGAAACUGAAAGUUUUGAGAGUUACAAACAGCAAUAUAGCUUUAAGCCCAGUGCCACUUAACAUACAAGUUUUAUCUCCUGGCUUCCCUGACCUUGAGGAAUUAAAUAUUGCAGCAUUUACUCUUUUUGAUGAAUCAUGCUCAAAACCCAUAGUUGAUGACAACUCCAUAGAAAGGAUUUUAAAAACCUCAACUAAACUUAAGCUAUUAGAUGUUCGUGGCCAGAAUAGUGUGUCAGAUGCAGGUUUAGUAAGAUUACCUGCAUGGAAUGUUGAACGAUUAUUUCUUGCAGGUUGCUGUAUCUCACGGAAAAAUGUUUCUGGUUUGGAGCUGAUUAUGCAAAAAUGGAAUCAUAGUUUAGUGGAGGUGGACUUAAGUUGGGUGCAUAUUAAUGAAUCUCUUGACUCUGGCCUGACUGCUCUUGCUGAAUGUGGAGAAAAAUCACAACUACAGAUUCUCAACCUGUGUGGAUCAUCAGCAAGUCUUCAUGCUGUGAAAGCUGUUGUCUUGAAAUGUCCUUUACUAAAUUCUCUGAACCUAUCAUCUUGCCGUGCAUUGUCUCGUGGUAUGAAGAGACGCUAUACUGGCGGUGAGAUUUCUGAACUGCGCAGCAAGCUAAAAAACAGCUAGGUUUGUGGACUUGAAAAGACAAAGCUGAUCUUUCUAGCCAUAUCUGGAAAAGGUAGUUUGUGUUAAAAAGAGACUGAAUCUCAUUAAAGUGCUGACACACCAGUAAAAUGAUCACAGGUAUACAAGGUGAUUAGUGUUUGGGUACUGAAACAUGAGAAACAUUGUUUGUGCACUGACAAUUGUACUAUUUGCAUUAGGCAAAUUUAGAAAAAGACUAUGAAGCCAUUAUCUGUAGAACAGCUUCAUUAUUACAUUUUAACACUACAUUUAUGUGAGGUGUAUUGUAAGUUAGUUUUUUGAAAGACUGUUUUUAUUUCCGUAACAUCACAGUGUGAUUGUAUUUUUCCAGCUGCUUCAUAUUUAUGUUUCUAUCCUGUAUUUGUAUAAGGCCUGUUGUGUGCUAGAUUUUGUUUAAAUGUUAUUAUUAUUUCAGUAGGGCCAUUGGCUGUUGAGUUUCCAAUUUUUAUCUGAGAAGCAAUAAUUGGAUUGUUCAUUAUGUUUUAAAGAUAUGUAAAUACAAUAAUCUUUAAAUGACUGGAAUUCACCUCAGAUAGCCUGCUCUAGCAUGUUAAUACACUUGCUGAAAGUGGAAAAUGAACACUGUGAAGCAGUGAUAUACCAAAUGAAUGAAGUUUCCUUCACGUGUUGUGCAAGCUAUAUACUAUAUAUAGGAUCACAAUCACAAGCACCGUUGUAAUGAUCCAGUUUCAUGAGCAUUUCUGCAACAAAACGGCCAUAAUUUUUAGUGAACAGGAAGACACAUUACUGUUAUUUUUCUGAUUUUGUCACUCAUCCAAACACCGUGCGGCAAGUCCUGUAAAAUGGUUCUUUAUAAUUAAUGAGAAGCACUAUAUUGCUAAUGUUCCAAAGGAUUAAUUUAUUGUGUCAACUGGUUUUAGGCUUAUAAGAUCAUCAUCAGACUUUAACUGACCAUUAUUUUAUUCGGUUUGUUUAUUUAAUGUUAUACAGACAUGAUUAUCGAGUGGAGCGGUAAGGUUUUUCCUGUUUGCUCACUUUAUAUUUACCUAUUGUUCAGCUAUUUUUCUUUUAAGUUGCAUUACCAGUACACUGUCAAAGAUGCCAUUUACUGUGUGUUUGUGUGCUGUUUACAGACAUUGUAAUUUCUUUGGUGGAAAUAGUCAGUUAAAGUCUAAUAAUGGCUUUGCAAGCCAAAAACCGGUUAAUGCAAUAAAUUAAUCAUAUAGAACAUAAGCAACAUGGUGCUUUUAAUUUAUUAUACAAUUGUCCUACCAAGAACUGACAGAAGAUUCAGUUAACAUGUUAUUACUUUAUUAUUCUGGUUAUUAAUUGUGAGGAUACGUCGUAAAAUGUUGUACAUUGUGUGUCAGUACCACAAAAAAAGAAAAAUAAAAAAAUAAAAAAAAAUCAAUCUCAACUGAUAAGUGAUUAAAACAGUUUUCUUGAUGAUUACAAUAUUUGUAAUUACAUUUGUGAUAACCUGUAUUUUUGUUAUUCUUAUUCUUACAUUGACCAACAAUAUGUCCUGUCAUAGUAAAAAUUUUUGUAUUUCCAUCUUUAUGCAAGACAUUUGCUGAUGAGCAGUUUUAUUCUCUCACUGUAAAAAAGACUUUGAGGGUAAAAAGCUCUGUAAAAAAAUCAGUGUCAGCUUAUGACCUUACUGAAUAUAUAAUAGGUGCCUCAUGUAGUGUCAUUACUGGGUGACCCAUGUAACCUAAAGGAAACAAAGCUCUGCAGUGUUUGGUAAUUGCCUUAAUUCAAGUGUUGCAUAUUUACUUAAAUAUCUUUUUCAGUUCCAUCUUUUUGUUACUUUAUUUUGAUCUUAAUAACUUAAAAUUAGUACUUCACUAGCUGCCUGCACCAGCUUCACACAGGUAGCACAAAUAUCUUCCCAAGUUCCAGCUUUUUGUUACUUUAUCGUGGUUUCAAUAACUGUAAAAUUAAUACUCCAUUAGCUGCCUUUCCCGGCUUUGAUAUCUGUG